ACAUUUAAAAAAACAAUGAGGAAAAUAAUUCCGAUGCUUGCAAAAGUUUUCCUACUCCUGCUGGCAUUGAGCGGUUGCUGUGACGGCCUGUUCGAGGAGCGUUUCAAUGAUCAGCAUGUCACAUAUUUGCAUGCAGGCGUACCGCAUGUCCAGGACGGCUUGACAAUGCUGCAGACGUUCUACUCACAGAAUCGCAUCCAUAUCUAUUGCCGUCGUGAUCAGCCGCUGAAGCUGCGGAAUAUCUUUCAGAGCAAUCGACUGCUCCUGAUGAUCCAAGGGCCGAGCGCCAAAUACUCGCAGUACAAGGCGCCCACGGCCCAGGGUGUUUACGAUGCGCAUCUGGCGCACAAGGAGUGCUUUGAGGGUAGAUUUCUGAGCGGACGGAAUAAAGGGAUGCACUAUAUAUCGCUGCCAGCCCAUGCGCACUAUUGCUACGGCAUCUUCACGGAUCAGGCGUAUAAUCUGACGCUGCUGCAGGAUCGCUGCGACGCGGAGCGUGUGGCACGCUUUACGCUCGGCUUUGUCAUGUGGCUGGUCGAGGUGGCGACCUCGAUGAGCGAUUCCCUGAUGUGUGUCUACAGCGUGGCCGCCUUGAUGGGCAUUCACCUGGCCAGCGUGAUUGUUGUUUGUGUGGCUCUCUUCUAUCACGGCGAUCGCAAGCUGACCAGCAUCCAGCCACUGAGCACGAACUUCAAGCUGGUGCUCGAACAGUAUCCGACGAGUGUGGCUCUGGCCCUCGUCGCCGGCGUCUAUGUUCUGGUCAAUUUUUGCCAGGAUCAUCGCACUCUGUGGCGCCACGCCUGGGUGCGUUAUUUGCAUUGUCGAUUUAUGCGACUUUUGGCGUGUGUGUUCAUCAUGAACGCCUCGAAUAAUUCCGUGUUUAGCUGGCUAUGCCUUACUUGCCUGAUGCCCUGGCCGGAGCUGUGGUGGCUGCUGCAGUGGCUCCAAUUGAAGCUGACUAAGCUGCAGCGUAGUGUGAUGCCGCCCUCGUUCAGGCGCCUGCUCAGCGAACGUGAAUACGAGGCCCAGGCGGGCUACGAGACACAGCGCGCCCUGAACGAGAUGCGUCAGCGUUUGCGUACGGCAUCGCCCGACUGGGAGCAGCUGGCCCAGCUGCAGGCGCCACAGCAGUUCGCCCAGUUCAUAAGCAGCGGCACCCACGAGCCGAACCAAUCACUGCGUGGUCAGACGGCAGCGCUAACCGGUUCAGUUCCAGUUCCAGUUCCGGGUCCGGGUCCGGGUCCAGAUACCGAUUUAGAUCCAGAGGCGACAAUGUUACGUCAUUUGGCAGCUGUUAUGGAUAGCGAUUCGUCUCAGUCCCUUGACUCCGCCUCGACCGAAUCCCUCUGCAGGCAGUUGCAAUUCGGCUCCACGCGCAGCCUGCACAGCUAG